AUGGAUGUGAACGACGUGCUGGUGGUGGUGCUGGCGGCGGCGCUGGCGGGGAUGUGGUGGCGCUGGUGCUCCAAGACGGGCGGCGUCGACGGGCUCCCGCCGGGUCCGCCGGGUUGGCCGGUGGUGGGGAACCUGUUCCAGGUGAUCCUGCAGCGGCGUCCGUUCAUGGCCCCCAUGUUCGCGAGCCGGCCCGAGGACAGCCCCACCCGCCUCCUCUUCAGCGUCGGCAAGUGCACCGUCAACUCGGCGCCCUACGGCCCGCUGUGGCGCGCGCUCCGCCGCAACUUCGUCGCCGAGAUCGUGUCCCCGCACCGCGUCAAGUCCUUCUCCUGGAUUCGGGAGUGGGCCGUGGACGCGCACCUGCGCCGCCUCCGCGCCGAGCUCAACGCGGAGGGUGCUGUGCGGGUGAUGGCCGGCUGCCGCCUCACCAUCUGCAGCAUCCUCAUCUGCAUCUGCUUCGGCGCCAAGAUCCCCGACGAGCUCAUCCGGGAGAUCGAGGAGGUGCUCAAGGACGUGAUGAUGAUUUCCUUGCCCAAGCUCCCGGACUUCUUGCCCUCCUCACGCCGCUCUUCAGGAAGCAGCUGUCCGAGGCCCGCGCCCUGCGCCGCCGCCAGCUCGACUGCCUCGCGCCGCUCGUCCGCGCGCGGAGGGACUUCCUCCGCGACGGCAACAAGGGGGCGGCGGCGGCGAAGGGCGGCGUGGGAGAUGAUGAGCAGGCCCGGGGAGGCGUACGUGGACUCGCUGUUCGACCUGGAGCCGCCCGGCCGCGGGAAGCGCCUCGGUGAGGAGGAGCUCGUUACGCUCUGUUCCGAGGUCAUGAGCGCCGGCACCGACACCAGCGCCACCGCGCUGGAGUGGGCCAUGAUGCACCUCAUCCUCGACCCCGCCGCGCAGGAGCGCCUCUACGACGAGGUCGUCGCCAAGGCAGGCAAGACCGCCCGGAUCACCGAAGCCGACGUCGAGGCCAUGCCUUACCUCCAGGCGGUAGUGAAGGAGACGUUCCGGCGUCACCCGCCGAGCCACUUCGUGCUGUCGCACGCGGCGACGCGGGACACGGAGCUGGGCGGGUACCGCGUCCCCGCCGACGCCAGCGUGGAGUUCUACACGGCGUGGGUGACGGAGAACCCGGCGACGUGGCCGGACCCGGAGCUGUGGCGGCCCGAGCGGUUCCUGGAGGGCGGCGAAGGGUUCGACACCGACAUCACGGGCACCCGCGCGCUGCGCAUGAUGCCCUUCGGCGCCGGGCGCCGGAUCUGCCCCGCCGCCACGCUCGGCGUGCUCCACAUCCAGCUCAUGCUCGCCAACAUGGUGCGCGCGUUCCGGUGGACGCCCCCGCCGGCGAGGACCGCCGGAUCCUACUGA